AUGAAUUUAUUCAGAAACCACCAUACUUCCCAGCAACGCAAGAAGCAAAUGAGAACCCUCCCAAAGAACAUCAUACAACAGAAGACCUACAACAGGAACUAUGAAAGUAGUUCAGUAGCUCAUGGGUCAACAGAAACCUCAAGCAAGGAAACCCAGGCACUAGGAACAAACUUAGAUGGUGAGAGAAGUGUUUGUCUAGAUACACCGAGAAACAGGGGGAAUUCAAAAACAGGAAAUGAUAAACAGAAACCUGGCACAGCACAGGAGGAGGAGUGGAAAUUCCAAGUGACAGAGAAACGGGAUACAAAUAAUCAUUUAGCAACCCAGGAAAAAGAAGACAGCAAAGACUCUUUUGUUCUGGGCUUUGGAAUUUUCCAGGAAACUGUGCAAGAGUUGAAAAACCUGUUGGGAGAGAGUACACUGCUGAGUACCAGAGCCAAACCCAGCAGUACCAUUUCCCACACCCUUUUGCUGAAGUCUGCUGAAAAACAAAGGAGCUACAUGGAAACUUUUCAUCCUCAUUUCAGAGAAGGUGACCAGAAAACUCACUCUGAGCAUAAGCAUAGAGCAGGAUUAGUAGGAAAGCCACCACUGGUUCGCAGCUCUGCUGGGUUAGAUCCAUCCAAAAGUGAUUAUACGGAUCAUCUUCUUGGGAGACAACAAACACCUUCCCCAAAUGUGGGUAGUGCUCCAGGAACUAAAUUUGAGCCCAUGCCUGGUAAGGAAGUCAACCAAGACCCCAGUGUAAAGAUCCCUGGCAUUCACAUUCCUCUUCAUUUUCUCUCUGAGACUGAACACACUAAAGAACAGAUGUACAGAGACAACAUACAUUUUGUCAGGUUUGAAGCAACAGACCUUCAUGGGGUGUCAAGAUCAAACAGCAUCCCUUCUCGCUUUUUCCGGGCCAAAGCAAUCUACAGUGUUGCAAUGCCCAGAGGUUAUCUCGAACUGACUCUGAAUCCAAAGGAUAAUGAAAUCAACCACAUAAGUGCAAGCAAUUUCAACUGUGACAAUCCUUGGACUGAAGAAGCUGCAAGGGUGAUAUGCGAUUCCUUCACUGUAACUGUCAGACCUCUCUUGCCUUCACCCAGGCAUAUUGCUAAGCAACAGCUGAGCCAACUCCAGGACAAUGGCUUUGCACCAUAUUCUUCCUUCACUUAUGAGUUCUGCAUUUACAGCAUUUCUGAAAUUGCAAAUUCAAAGUCAAUAUAUUUCCCCAUUGCAGCCAUACUAAAUAACCACAACCAAUCUUUCAUUCAGGAACUCAUUGACAGGAUGUAUCAUGCUGGGGCAAACAUUGAGAGCUUCUCGUCUUACGGACCUGGGCAAAUGGAGAUCACUUUUCAUCCAGAGUUUGGCCUCAGUGCAGCUGACAGUGCCUUUACCUUCUGGAAAGGCAUUAAAGAAGUGGGCAAAAAGUACAAUUACACUGCCAGCUUUUUCACCAAGAAUGGAUUUUGCAACUCGGGCAUUCUCUCCCAUACUAUCUAUCUUUGGGAUAGUACUGGACAGAAUAAUGUGUUUUCUUUUGGUUCUUGAGCCCCUGAGUUCACCGACCUAGGGAAGAACUGUCUUGCUGGAUUAUUGGUGCAUUCUGCAGCUCUCAGCUGCCCGAUGGCUCCGACCAUUGGCUGUCAUAAACACUACAAUGCCUACAGCAAGGAUUCAAAGGAGACUGUGACUGCAAAGUGGGCAUGUAAGGAUAACAGCUGUGCAUUUAACAUCAAAAGUCAUGGCGAGAAAUUAACUCGGAUCGAAAGCAGGCUCAGUUCAGCAAUGGCGAAUCCUUACUUGGUGCUCUUUGCUACCAUUGCAGCAGGUCUAGAUGGCGUAAGGAGAGGGCUCAGCUUCCAGGAGGCAUCAGAGAAGAUCCAGAGCACUGCUCAGUUCAAAGCUGCGACAAUCCCUCUGAAACUGGAAGAGGCUCUUGUUGCACUUCAGGAAGAUGAAUGUAUCCGGGAAGCGGUAGGCAACACCUUUGUCUGAUAUUUUGCUGCCAUGUAACAGUACAAGAUGGGAACUGAAGAGUUGGAUGUGGAAAGGAAUAAAUUUUUGGAAUACUUCAUCUAG